CGUUCCUUUUCUUUUGGAAAGAAGGAAGCCUAGACGAGUUUUGAUGCUUGCUUUUGUUUUAAAUAUGACAAAAUAUCGGCGUUUCGUUUGUUUUUCUAUUUAAUUUUAUUGUUUGUUUGUCGUCGUUUAUAUAAUAUCAAAUAACUUGAGUCAGAUAGCUAUUUAUAUAAAUUUAUGUAGUUAGUCUUCCAGACUUUAACUUUAAACCUUUCAAUUUUGUAAUUUCAGUAAUAUUUUUGGUGUUGUGAUUAUUUCUUAUUUAUCCAGUUCCUUUAUUUUUCAUUUGCAUGAAACAUUACUUAAGAUGAAAAACCAUUGAUUACACAGAAAAUAAAUAAUAAAAAUUAAACUUAACAAAUGAUUUUGGUGUUACUGAAACCAAAAUUUGCAGAGAGCACCACCAUGCAAUAGCUCAAAUUUUGUUUGUGAAUUAAAAUUGUACAAAAGUCUGAAUUUGGCAUAUGAAAAGUGAAUUAGGGUAUCAAUGUCUUGUGUACAAAAAGUCAGUUGUCAGAAAGUUGAGAACCACCUGUAUUUGAUUCUGACCACAAAGAACUUGUUAAAUUAUUCAUAAUUGAGUCAAGAUAUGAUGAAUUUUAACAAAGAAUGUUAAAAAGUAUUAAAGUUACUGGAAUCACAAUAUUAAAUAUCAUAUUACUAAUUAUUUUAAUCAUCAUAAUCCUUGAUGUCAUAAUAUUUGUAUUUGUCAUAUCAUUUCAAACUUGUGUUCCAAAUGGCCAUUUACAGCCAUUGGGAUUCCAUGCAUCACCUAUAAAAGAUGGAAUUAAAAUAUUAAAUUAUUUUCCUCAUCCAAAUGAAUUUUGGAAUGAAUAUGUUGCAAAUGGAAAACCAGUAAUUUUUCAUAACAUAGCAAAAUCAUUUAAUGCUUUUGGUUUAUGGACUGAUGAUUAUUUGAGACUUCAUUAUGGUCAUAUGGAAGUGACAGUAGAAAGACAGAAGAAAGAAAACAGAACUUCAGAAGUAACUUUAAUGCUAUUUUCAGAAUUUUUACAAAAGUAUCAGAAAGAAGAUUUAUAUGUGAUUACUGUUUUGCAUUCUGAAUGGCUAUCUGAUAUAUCACUUCCCAAGCCAAUCCUGUGUGGAAAUCUUCAAAAUUCUUUAAAUCAUAUUAACUUAUGGAUGAGCAAUGGAGAGACAAAAUCUGUACUUCAUAGGGAUUCUAUGGAUAAUAUUCAUUGUAUUUUAGAUGGGAGAAAAGAAUUGUUUCUUGUAAACAAAGAAUUAAAAGACUAUAUUAUUUAUGACGAUAAUGAAGAGUAUAGUACUGUUGAUGUGGAUUCUGUUGACAUGUAUCAGCAUCCUGGCUUACAAGAAAUAUCAUGGUAUAAUGCUAGCAUUAAUUCUGGUGACUGCAUCUUUAUACCAUAUAUGUGGUUCCAUCAAGUUACAUCAUCUAAAGGAAGAAAUGUUGCAAUAAAUUGGUGGAUGAAUCAUCUUUUAUGGUUUAAUUUGACAGAUUGUAAUGAUAAGGAGCUAGAAGAAUGGCUUCCUUCUUAUAGUUUUGAAUUUCCAAACUUAUCAUCAAAACAAAAAUAUCAAUUAUUACAGUUCAUUGAUGGAUAUAACAAUUUAACAUACAAUGAAUUUAAACAGAUAUAUGAAGAAAUAAAAUGUAAAAAUUCAAAUUUAAGAGAGUUAUUCGUAAAACUGGAUGAAGAUGAAAAUAAUUAUAUUACAUUAGAAGAAUUGUACCAAGCAGAUUCAGUUUACUUCAAAUCAUAUUUUACUGACUGUGAUGAUAGCUUCAAUCAUGACAAAAUAUAAUUUUGUCUGAUUUCUCUACAAUUAACAUAUAUUUUGGAGCUUAAAGAUUUGUGUGAAAGCAGUUUAGUUUUAAUAAUUUUAUAAUUUAGCAAUUUUGAUCCAUGUCCAAAAAUUUCAGAGAUACUAAAAUAUGAAUUCUAAGAAUCUGAAUUAACAAUAUUUUCAAUAUCAUUAAUAAGUAUAGACCAAGGAUGUGUUAUACGGGAUUUGUAUGAAUCUCUAAUUUAAAUUUUUAAGGUACAGGCAAACUUCUAAUUAUGAAGCCAAAUUAAAAAUUAGAAAAAUAACUUUUUAUAUUUAUAUCUCAUGAUUUAAUAAUGUGUAAAACUGAUCAUUGUCAACUGUUAGCUUCUUAUAUGAAACAUUUUGAUAUCUUUAUGGGAUAUGGCUGGGAGGAAGGUAGUGGAGAGUAGGGAAGUCUUUUUGUUUUAAGAUUCAAAUUUGCAUAAACUAUAACUUUAGUUAAUUUAUCUAUAUUUUCAUAAAUUAAUGCUCUACAGUAAAAACUGAAUGAGUCACCAUUGCAAAAUGACAUUUUAAAACAAGUUAUUUAGAUUAAUAAUAAAUUAUUGUUUUACUUAUAUGUUAAAAUCUUAAACUAUGCAAAAAUAGUCAUGUUUAAUUUUUGUUUAUAAUGAUAAAUCUUGUAAACUGGUGAAUUAAAUAAAUGAGAAAAUAUUUCUGCUAUAAAA